AAACCAGUCCCCAGACCUCUGCAACCAGGCCUAAGACUUCUAAAACCAGGCCUCAGACCUCUGCAUCCAGGCCCAAGACCUCUAAAACCAGGCCUCAGACCUCUGCAACCAGGUCUAAGACCUCUAAAACCAGGCCUCAGACCUCUGCAAACAGGCCCAAGACCUCUGCAACCAAGCCUCAGACCUCUAAAACCAGGCCUCAGACCUCUGCAACCAGUCCCCAGACCUCUACAACCAGGUCUAAGACCUCUAAAACCAGGCCUCAGACCUCUGCAACCAGGCCCAAGACCUCUGCAACCAAGCCUCAGACCUCUGCAACCAGUCCCCAGACCUCUGCAACCAGGUCUAAGACCUCUAAAACCAGGCCUCAGACCUCUGCAACCAGGCCUCAGACCUCUGCAACCAGGCCUAAGACUUCUAAAACCAGGCCUCAGACCUCUGCAUCCAGGCCCAAGACCUCUGCAACCACCUCUAAAACCAGUCCCCAGACCUCUGCAACCAGGCCCAAGACCUUUAAAACCAGGCCUCAGACCUCUGCAACUAGUCCCCAGACCUCUGCAACCAGUCCCCAGACCUCUAAAACCAGGUUCCAGACCUCCAAAACCAGGCCUCAGACCUCUAAAACCAGGCCCAAGUCCUCUAAAACCAGUCCCCAGACCUCUGCAACCAGGCCUAAGACCUCUGCAACCAGUCCCCAGACCUCUA